AUGGAUGAUAAGCCCAGAUGGGCUGCUACGCAGCAGACCUUGAUGCUUGAAGGAGAGCACCGGCAGCAAGCACUCGCCCGCAUGGUCGCCCCGGCCCUGGCCGGGAAGAAUGUCAUGGUUUUCACAAGUAAAUUGGAUGACGCUCCGUCCACUCACAGGCAUCUGUGCGAGAGAUUUCCCAACUUUUCGAUUAGGCUGUUCGCUAAGAAAGUCGGUACGAACAAUCGCCAGAUCCACGCAAUCCUCAUCUGCCGUCCGUUCUAUGCGGGAAUAGAUCUCAAUCCCAACAUGCGGACGGUUGUAUUCUAUGAUCACCCUGCGACAGACCUACAUGCGAUCACCGGACGCCUGCGUAUUACAAUCGAGCGGAUGUCUGCCAUUGACGAGAAGCUGCGAGCUCUUCGGUUUUCGGGCAUUUCCGUCUUCGAUAAAAGCACAAAUCACUCCCCAUCCAUCAACAUGAAGGUCACAUCCAGUUGUAAGCUCAUUAUUCGCGGACUGGGGCGUGGGGUGACUGUCGAGGAGUUGAUGGCUAAAUUGCAGCAAUACGAGCCAGCGUGCGCUGAAGUGCUCCCUUUUGAGACUGAGACUCCGCAAAGUGUCCCAACGGCCGUCGUCUGGUUUCCGACAGAGCUCCUCGCCGCGGCUUGUCUGCGGGACAUAGACGUGGUCCGUUUUGGCGGAGACAUGGUGAUGGCAAGGUAUGCUCUAGAGAAGAAAAGAAAGAGAUAA